AUGGCUCCUUACUUACACGUUUCCCGGGUGAAACAUGUGGGCAUCGUACGCAACUAUUCACGAUCUUUCAAUACAUCCUCGAUACCUGAGUCGUUGGGGCGAAAGGGUAUCAACUACUGCUCCAAGAACGGGCUGCGCGACAAACUGCUCAAUGAUGCUGGUGCCAACAAGCUGGCGUUCCUGGCUAGACUAAAGCCCAUUGACCCAACGUACAACGGUCUCCGAAGACUUAACAGCUGGGGAGAGCAGGCCUUGGCACAUGAACAUGCUUCCAUUGCACGAUCCAUAUUGAAACGCUCCUUUGGUUAUGACGACUUCCGCCACGAACAAGCUGCAGCUAUCAGUACUAUUCUUCGGGGCGAAAAUGCGCUUGUCGUGUUUCCUACUGGCGCUGGCAAAUCACUAUGUUACCAGAUACCUGCCAUUGCGUUUGAAGAACUCGACAAUGCGGGCUUGACCAACAGACGGCCGGGAAUAGCAGCAAUGGGCCCCGGAAUUACCAUUGUCGUGUCUCCAUUGAUUGCCUUGAUGAAGGACCAGGUUGACGAUUUACAGCGGCGCGGUAUUUCUGCUGCUUGCUUGGACUCGACGAAGACCAUGAAAGAACAGAGAGACAUCAACACAUCUAUUCUGGAGGGUCGUUUGAGACUCCUGUACUGUACGCCAGAAAAACUCAACAGUACAGGCUUUGUCGAAAGCAUGAAGCGUAUUCCCGGCGGCGUCCGUCUGGUUGCUAUUGACGAGGCCCAUUGCAUUUCAGAAUGGGGACACUCUUUUCGUCCAGACUACCUCAAAAUUGCUCGUUUCGCUAAGGAGAUUGAGGCAGAGCGUGUCAUUGGCCUCACAGCCACGGCUACACCUCGCGUCGCAGAAGAUAUCUGCAAAUUUUUGGAUAUCAGAGAAUCUAAUUUGUUCAGGACCUCCGCAUACCGACCCAACUUGGAACUUAAGGUGGAAGUUAUAAGGCAAAAGAGAGAAAAACUCCGUCCAUUGCUUGAAUUCCUCGACACCCACCACGGACCUACCCUGAUCUAUGUAACGGCUCGGGAUCGUGCCGAGAUCCUCGCAGCCAACCUACGGAAUGAGGGUUAUGAUGCAGCCUAUUUUCAUUCUAAAAUUUCCACUCGAAAAAAGAUGCAGACUCAGGAAGCGUUCAUGGCAGGUAGUGUCCGUAUCAUGGUAGCCACGAUUGCUUUUGGAAUGGGGAUCGACAAGGCAGAUAUUCGGAACGUCGUAAACUACGACAUACCGAGCUCAAUAGAAGAGUAUUCUCAGCAAAUUGGCAGAGCCGGACGGGACGGGAAUCAAAGUUCCUGCAUGCUUUAUAUCUGCAGGGAUGACUUUUGGCUGAAAGAAUACUUUGCUCAGGCUGAUCUACCCUCUCGACACUCAAUUCAAGGACUAUUAGAGGACAUUUUCCUUAAUAAGCCCACAUUCAAGCUCCCUGGCAAUCGUGGCAGACUAAUCAAGCUAAACGAGCAAGAAUUAGAGGGAAAGCAUGACGUAACUGGCCCAGCUCUUAGUAUCAUCCUAGCAAAGAUUGAACUGCAUUUUGGCCUCAUUCGUGCCAUCACCCCUGAAUUCAAGAAUUAUCUGUUCGAGGCUCCGCCAGAGUACAGGAAUCAUAUCGAACACGAUGACUCACCUGAGGCAAAGGCAAUUGCUAGUUACUCCACGAGUACGAAAAAAUGGCAAGCCAUCGAUGUUAACGCUAUUGCGAGAGAUUUUAACCUGGUGUGUGCCGACAUUAUGGAGAAGCUCAAUGAAUUCAAUAAUAGCGGCUUUAUUCGACUGAAAGGAACAGGUCUAAUACAACGGUACCAAGUGCUCAAGCAACUACCUAGUACACGCCAAGAAAUAGAAAAGCUAGCUAACCAGUUGUACACUGAGAUGGAAUAUCGUGAGAAGGAACACAUGAAGCGAUUCAACACCAUUUGCAGCUUAUUGACUGACAGUAAGUGUUUCGCAUGGGCGCUGACAAGAUAUUUUGGCAUGGACCUUCCAGGAGGAAAGUCGCGGUGUGGGCAUUGCACCUACUGCCUAACGGGUGAACCCGCUCUACUACCUCCUAAACCCGAAACCUCUAUCGACUCAUCGAAGAUUCGUGCUAUACAGGCUCUUUGUGAUGUUCGAGACGACCCUCGAUUUCUCGCUCGUGUCGCAUUCGGAAUCGCGAGCCCCAAAAUAGUAGCGCUUGGCUUCAACAACCCCCAUUACAUGUUUGGAUCCCUUAAAGAACAUAGCUUCAAGUCUUUGUUAAAGGAGUUCACUAAAGCUUGUGAGGCGUCAUAA